UUAUUGUUCACGUUCAUAUUUUAUUGUACUAGGCAGUCGGAGUGUUUUUCAUUUGAUUUUAACUUUACCACUUAUAUAAUAAUAUUAUUUCCUUAGUUCGGUAGGAAUUAUUUACGUUUUGUAUGGUUUAUCUGUUGUGAGACUAACAGGCCAAUAAAUAUCUGCUGGGUUUUAGUAUUUAUCAUUAGUAAUUACAAAAAAAAAUAUCCGAGUAGUGAGAACCGGGAAGCAAAUACUUAUAUAGUAUUUGGCCACGACAAUGUCGGAUAAACAAAUAUAUUAUUCGGAAAAAUACUACGACGACAAAUACGAAUACAGACAUGUAGUUUUACCAAAGGAAAUGGCUAAGACUAUACCUAAAACACAUUUGUUGUCGGAAGACGAAUGGAGAUCAAUUGGCGUACAGCAAAGUAAAGGAUGGGUACAUUACAUGAUUCAUGAACCUGAACCUCAUAUUUUGCUGUUCAAAAGACCAAGAACAAAUUAAACUGCUAAUACUCAUUGUUUUUAUGACUAUGAAGUGUUACUUGAAAAA